GCUUUGCUUCAGCACGUCUCCUUCUCAAGGUCUCUCCUUGAGGACCGAGAGAAUUCACUGUCACCUACGUGAGCGCAAGGAGGACCCUCUUCAGAGUUGUCUCCUUUUCGUUUAUUGAUUUUGCUAGAAAACAGAUGCCCCUGUAUAGAAGCCAGUCGAUUGCCCUAGAAUCAUCACCCUGCCUGCUGGCUGGGCAGGGUAACUCCUCAGGUCACCACCCUCUCCAGCCUGCCUUGGGCUUGGAGAGGAGGAGGGCGAGGGACAUCUGCUGACCCUGAACAUCCGACAUCCAUCAUACCAUCACCUAGAGCAAGAUGGCCAGGCUCCUGAGGAUGUUCAGGAGAAGGCUCUGCAGGUGGCUCCAGAGUCUGCGGAGAGCAGCGGCCAUCUUCCCAAGGGGCCGAGCCACCUCUCCAUCCCUGCUGGCGGGGAAGCAGCUCCCAUCCAGGCCAGAAGGAGGAAGUGUCCAGCCUUCUGGAGAACAAAACCAGCUCCCGGCACAGGCGCCGAGCUGGGAGAGGCCCCAACCAAGCCCAGAUGGAGCUGGCUCAAGAUGCGGUUUCGCAGACAGGAGGAGCGCAGGGCAGGGAGGCUCUGGGGCUUGUUAUGUGGGCAGCAGCAGCCCCAGGAGCCCAGCCCUCAUUCCCAGCAGGGGGCAUCACCCUGCCCGGUCACUGAGGAUCUUCCAGCCUCCUCAAGCCAGGAGGUAGAAGAUCCCAGUCCCAGCACCAGCAGCUCAGCACAGGACAGCAGCAGUGCCUGGGACUCCAGCAGCAGUGACACCGAUGGACGCUGCUGCUUUGUUCCAGGGACCCCCAGGGAUUCAGAGGAGGAGGAAUGGCUGGACAUGUCCACAGAUGAAGCUGCUCUCAAGGUCAUCAGAGAGCAGCUACAUCACAGAGAAAAGGAUGAGGGGCAGCAGCUCAGGUUCCUGCAGACCAUCUACCCCACGUCUCUUGCUGCACAGGACAGAGGGCAGGACACGCUGGAGCCGCACUGCUGAAAGGCGGCUGUGGUGGAGAGGAUUGUGGAGCUCAUUGAGGAGCUUCCUAAAGACUCUCCACCCAGCGCCAUCCUCGCCAACUGCCUGGCUGCUGUGGGCAACCUCAGCACCAUGAAACCAGCCCUUGAGCCUGAUCUAGAGUCCCGCCCUUUGCAAGCUGCCCUUGGCUCGGUCUUCACCCUGGGCACGGAGAUGGACGCCAUCGACAUCCAGGCUCUGCACAAAGUCAUGCCAGAGCUCCUGGAUGCCAUGCUGGGGAACCUGCUGGCAGAGUCCCCAGACGCAGACAGGCUCCACUACAUCUUGGAGCAUGUCAACCUCUGGAUCGUGUCCAGGGUGUCCCAGGAGAGAGCCAGGGCCAUUAGGAGCAGCACGGCCCUGCUCAGAUAUGCAGUCACCCUCCCCGAGUUUGAUAUCUCAGCAGAGUUCCCUUCGAUGGGUCACCAUGUGGCACAGCUGGCUCUGUUUGUGAGUGACCCAGACAAGGACAUCAGCCGGCAGUCCAGGAAGGGGAGUUAUCGGCUGUACCAGCUGCUGCUCGAACAGAGGGGGCUGAGCAUACACGAGGCAGAAGAUCUGUGGUGCCACGACUGGCACCGGGACAGCAGGCUCCUGGGCUAUAAAAACACAGCCCGGGUGUAGGAGAUCUUCACACGGGUCGGCUUGCUGCGGGAGAUACCGACGGACAUCAUCGUCUAUAGUGCCAACUGGAAGGAACACCUCCAGCAUCUCGCGGAGGUGCUGCGGGCGCUGGGCAAAGCAGGGGUCGCCGCAAACCCAGCCAAAUGUCACCUGGGCCAGGAAGAAGUGACCUACCUGGGCUAUACGGUGGGCCAAGGGAAAAUACGCCCUUUGAUAGAUAAGGUGGAAGCCUUGAAGAACUAUCCAAUUCCCCCGACCAAGAGGCAAGUACGUCAGUUCUUAGGGUUGGCCGGAUAGUAUUGCUGGUUUGUGCCGGACUUUGCCACGCUCACUGUCCCCCUGACAGAUUGGACGUGAAGCGCCAAGCCACGGAAGGUCCAGUGG